AUGUCUGGAGAAUCACCCAUCACCUUGUCUGUGGGGACUCACACCUGGUUCCCAAGCGAUGAAACCAAGUUACAGAGCAUCAUUUCCAUUAUGCGUACUCACAGCAUUUCAAUUCUAGACACGGCUAGAUUAUAUGGAGGUGGAGCAUCAGAGUUGGCUAUUGGGAGCUUACACUUGGGUCCCGAGUUUUCUGUCGAUACCAAGGCGCCAACAGGCUUUGCAAGUGGCUUUGCGGACAAGAUUGAAGAGUCGGCUGAACAGAGUUUGGCGGCACUGCAGACUCAAAGAGUAUGGCCAACCUCUCCGGUACUUGCUUCUGGCUUCUGGGUUUCUGACAUCUCUUCCCAGGUGCGAACGUACCUCCUUCACGGAGCUGAUGAAACUGUCUCGUUUGAGAAGCAAAUGGAAGCCAUUCAGAAGCUCUAUGAAAAGGGGAGCUUUGAGAGGUUCGGCAUCUCCAACUUUAGUCGCGAGCAGAUCCUCAGCAUCUACAACAUUGCCAAGUCAAAGGGCUAUGUGUUGCCGAGUGUCUUCCAAACCAGUUAUAGCCUUGCUGCCCGCCACCAUGAAACUGAGCUGUUUCCAAUGCUUCGGAAGCUCGGGUUUUCCAUCCAGGCAUAUUCCCCCAUGGCAGGUGGAUUCCUGGCCAAGACUCCAGAGUACAUCGAACAGGGCCUGGGGAGCUGGAAUCCCGACACGCGGACCGGCCAAUUUUCACGUGGCCUCUUCUAUAAGCCGUCGUACAUGAAGAUGCUUGGGGAGUUUGGGACAUUGUCUGAGAAAUCGGGCAUUAGCCGGGCUGGCCUGGCAUAUAGAUGGGUGAGACAUCACUCUGGUCUCAAGAGCGACUCGGGCGAUGAGAUGAUUAUUGGUGCGUCAACCUCGGACCAACUGGCCGACACAAUGAAAGAGCUCGAGGGCGGUCCCUUGGAGCCAUGGAUUGUCCAGCGCAUCGACGAGCUUUGGGAGCUGGUCAAGGAGGAAGAGGCAGUCGACAACUUGAAGAACACCCGCAAGGUAUUUGGUUGA